AUGGAUAAGCCACUAAACUCGGAAAUUAUCGAAAAGUUUACUGAAAACCUAAACAAAAAAGAGAAAAUUACUGAAUUAACCGUCAUUGGGCGGGAAAGAGAAAUUAAAGAAGUUAUUUAUAUUUUGUCCCGCCUGCUGAAAAAUAAUCCCUUACUGAUUGGUCAUCCCGGCGUGGGAAAAACCGCCAUCGUGGAAGGAUUGGUUCAAAGAAUAGUUACCGGACAAGUUCCUAAUUACCUAAAAGGCAAAACUAUUUACCAACUGGACAUGAUGUCUUUAAGAGCCGGAACCAAAUUUCACGGCGAAUUAGAAGCUCGCUUGAAAGUGAUUUUGAAUUAUAUGGCUCAGCCGGAAAAUAACGCUAUUCUCUUUAUUGACGAAAUUCACAUGAUUGUUGGGAACGGAGGCGGCCAAGAGGUUCUUAAUAUUGCUAAUUUAUUAAAGCCAAUGCUUUCCCGGGGUGAAAUCCAAUGUAUCGGAGCCACCACUCAGGAGGAAUACCGUAAAUAUAUCGAAAAAGAUGGAGCCUUAGUGCGUCGUUUUAGUAAUAUUCAAGUUUGCGAACCUAGCCCGGAGGAAACUUUGAAAAUUCUCCACGGAAUUAAGAAUUAUUUUGAAAUCCAUUACGAAUUAAAAAUUCAUAACCAAGCUUUAGCCGCUGCGGUGACUUUUUCCCAGCGUUAUUUAACUAAAAUAAUUGAAAAGGCUCGCCGAAAAUUAAGAGAGUUAGAAAUAACUAUGGCAGCCAGGGGGGAAGAAAGGAGGAAUGAAGUCGAAAUAUUUAGUCUCCAACUAGAAAUAAAAAAACAGCAGGGAAAAUUGGAAGAGUUAUUGGAGCUGGAUAAGAAAGAAAACAAAAUUAUUCAAGAGUUAAACCAAGCCAAAAAAUCAUUAGCCCAAGCGGAGAGGGAGUCAGUUACUUAUCAGCACGAAGAAAUUGACCUCACCAAAGCUGCCGAAUUAAGAUAUUCCAUCAUUCCCCACUGCAAAGAAAAAGUGGCAAAAUUAGAGGAAGAAGCCAAAAAUAAUGUAUUAAGAAAAUAUUUUAUCAAUCACGAAGACGUGGCUUUAACUAUCGCACAAAAGUAUGGGUUACCACUUGGAAAAAUUUUGCUUAGUGAGCAGCGUAAAUUAUUUUUACUACCGGACAUUCUCCGCCAAAGAAUAAAAGGACAGGACCAAGCUUUACGAGUAGUUAGUGAUGCUAUUUUUCGUGCUCGAGCCGGAAUUCAGGACCCUAAUCGCCCUUUGGCAUCCUUUUUGUUUGUCGGACCAACCGGGGUCGGCAAGACGGAAGUUGCUUUGACGAUUGUCGAACAACUUUUCGACCAAAAAAAAAAUCUUAUUCGCUUAGAUAUGACCGAAUUUUCCGAACCGCACUCGGUUAGCAAAUUACUUGGUUCGCCGCCGGGUUAUAUUGGUUUUGAGCAAAAGUCUUAUUUUGAGGAAAUUCGGGAAAAAAUGAAUAGUGUUCUCCUGUUGGACGAAGUGGAAAAAUGUCAUCCCGAAGUUAUUAAUCUUCUUUUACAAAUAUUAGAUAAUGGCUUUCUGACGUUGGCUAAUGGUCGCGAAGUUAAUUUUCGCAAUACUAUUAUUGUUUUAACUUCUAAUUUAGGUUCAGAAUUAUAUUUUGGAGAGUAUGAACCCAAAGAAUUAGAGGAAGAAUUAAACUUGGAAAUCAGAAAACACUUUCGCCCCGAAUUUAUUAACCGUCUCGAUGAGAUAGUUUUUUUUAACCGGUUAAGUAAAUCCAUUAUUUACGAAAUUAUUAGCAAAGAGUUAGGAAUAUUUAUUCAGCGGGUCCAGCACGAGAAAGGUAUUAAAUUAGAGUAUGAUAAAGAUGUGGUGGAAAAGAUUAUCCACGACUCUUACUCUUUGGAGUAUGGGGCCCGACCUAUUAAACAUUACAUCGAAAAGAAAAUCGGCACCUUAGUAGCCCGGGGAAUAAUUUCUGGUUUUCUUCGGGUGGGUGGGAAUUAUCUGCUUGGCAUCGAAAAAGAAACUAAUGAAAUCAAAAUAAUUACGCUUUCUUUAUUGGAAAAAGGGAAAAAUUUAUUAAAGGAAAAAUCGGAAUAA